GGCUCCAUGUAGAUAGAUGUGGGAGAGAGACAACGUUUUAUAUCACCCUGUUUUUUUUAAAAGUUACAUAACGUGUUAUUUAAGGUGGAUAUGUAAUUCAUAAAACCAGCGUGGACGUCUCAGGGAUCAUCUUAAUUGUGUCGUUCAAACCGCCUUCUCGUCCGGGGCGUCGUGGUCGCUUUUUUAAUUUAAUGUAGUCAAUUAACGGAGAAGGUGGCCGGUUUUUUUUCUUUUUUCUUUUUCUUUUUCUUCCCUUUUUGAGAGGCUUUUGUUUUUUCCCCCCCUGGUGGUCGUAUGAGCCGCGGCGGGGCCAGGGCGAGGGGUCCGGUGCUCCGGCGGAGGGGCCGGGCGUCGGGAUGAAGAUGCCCAGAGGAGGACGCCUGUUCCUGGCCACGAGCCUGGGCUCGCUGCUGGUGCUGGUGCUCUACUUCCAGAGCAUCACCAGGCCGGAAGCUGCUGUGAAGACGGGCGGCCGGCCGGGGAAGAGCAGCAGGAGUCCGCUGCAGAGCCUGCUCGAUGGAGAUGAGCAGCUGGAGCUGUCGGCGGUGCAGCGGUCCCUCCGAGGCCGCAGGGAUCUGUUGGAGCAGGCGUGCCGGAACCACACCAGGAAGCGCCGGGUGCUGUCGCCGGAGGAUCUCAAGCACCUCAUUGUGGACGACAAACACGGCCUCAUUUACUGCUACGUGCCCAAGGUGGCCUGCACCAACUGGAAGCGGGUGCUGAUGGUCCUGACGGGCGACGGCCGCUACACCGACCCCCUCUCCAUCCCGGCCAACGAGGCUCACGUGGCGGGGCGGCUGCGCACGCUGUCGGAGUUCUCCACGGUGGAGAUCAACCAGCGUCUGCGCAGCUACCUCAAGUUCCUGUUCGUGCGCGAGCCGUUCGAGCGGCUGGUGUCGGCGUACCGCAACAAGUUCACGCGCAGCUACAACACGGCCUUCCACAAGCGCUACGGCACCAAGAUCAUCCGCCGGCACCGCGCCGAGCCGCGGCCCGAGGCGCUGGCGGCCGGCGCCGACGUGUCGUUCGGCGAGUUCGUGCAGUACCUGGUGGACCCGCGCACGCAGCGCGAGGAGCCGUUCAACGAGCACUGGGAGCGCGUGCACUCGCUCUGCCACCCCUGCCUCAUCCGCUACGACGUGGUGGGCAAGUACGAGACGCUGGAGCCCGACGCCGCCGCCGUCAUCCGGCUGGCCGGCGUGGAGGACGCCGUGCAGUUUCCGGCCUCGGCCAAGAGCACGCGCACCGACGGGGACAUGGCGGCGCGAUUCUUCAAGCACAUCAGCCCCUUCUACCAGAGGAAGCUGUUCAACCUGUACCGCAUGGACUUCACGCUGUUCAACUACUCCACGCCGCAGUACCUGCGCACGCGGUGACCACGGCAACCGUCACCCGCGGCAACGGGGAGACCUGCGGACGCGGUGACCUGGUUUCCAUGGAGAUUAUCACCUUUGCUCUGUGGGGGCGGAGCCACCGGGUCACAUGGGUCGUUUUUAAUCGUCUUCGAGGAACGGACGGCAUUUUUCAAACAUUUACAAGGAUAAUUUUUGUAUUUAUUUCCUGAUUUUUGCUUUUGAUAAAAACGCGAGCGACCCCUGACUCCGACUCUCUCCGACUUUCACAGGAGUGAAUUUUUCUUCUUCUUCUUUCCGUUUCUGAGAAAUAAUGAGCCAUAGAGACGCGAGAGGAGCAGGUUCUCUUCUGCGGCGGGACGUGCUGCCUGUGAAGCCGCCGAGCGCCGCGGCCGCCGGAGCAGCGACGGACGGACGGCCCGUAUUUAUGUCUGUCACUGCACAACGUAUUUAUUGAUGUAGAGAAACCUGGAGGGGAUCCGGGUCGGAGGAACGCCGGUUCCCCGACGUCCGGAUCCUGAACUGUCGGCCGCUCCGUCGUUCCCAUGAAGCUUUUGCUGCCGUCCCUCGUCUAUCAGCGUCUGUGUUUCAGGAGGGCUGAACAAACACGGCGGAGCUGCGGUGGCGACCCGGACCAGCCGGCGCGGCGAGGGUUAACCCGCCUGCGGGCGCCGGACUGCAGCGCCUUGUUCAGCCGAGCUGCAGGAAUCUGCAGGUUUAUUAAAGGCUGCAGUGUCUCGUGUCCAGAGGAACCACCAACCCCCACGUCUUCCCCGGGUCUACUGGACUUUUACUGGAUCUGGAGAAGCAAUCGGAGCAACCGGUCGUAGUUUCCAGCUGGUGCAGAGUGUCGUCACCUCGUCAGAGUCUCUGCUGCCGCACAAACGUUUGUAGACGCCAACAUUUAUUUGUGCAUUUGGAAAAAGAGAAGUGUUUACCUGAAGUAGCAGAAAGUAGUGAUGCACCGAAAUGAAAAUUUGUGGCCGAAACCGAAAAUAAUAAUAAACACUUGGCCGAAUAACGAACAAUACCGAACAUGGUUCUUCGCUGUUUUUCAUUUAUUUUGCCAAUUUUUUCACCAUUGCAUAAGUCAAAUACAUUUGAUUUAGGCAUGCUUUUAAAAGAAAAAAAUAUUUUACAAAAUUACAAGGUAGAAAAUAUUUAU